GUUUCAUUAUUGCAUCUUGCUGAGCUGAGCAUUUCAGGAGAAGCACUGUCGAACAUACACUGAAAACUAAUACUAGUCUGUCUCAUGACUCUCAAGUUACUCUUGCUGCUCGUCGCAGCUCUCGCCAUCGGCUCGACGGUGGUGCUUCGACGCAGCAAACGCAACAUCUUGCUGGAGCGACUCCGCGUAGGCGGACGCAGAGUAUCUGGUGCAAGAACGCCUCCCAGAUCUCUCUCACCCGACAAGAAACCCGCCAUCCCUCCCGAAUUCAAUUACUCGCAAGCUUUUCCCCCCUCACGACGAGACGCUCUAACUGGAAUCUUGAACGAGGAAGACAUCGACGAGCCAGUGGGAGACUGGACAAAGGACAUGCUACCCAUGGACAUGUCGUAUCUCGACGCCGACGACUCGAAGCGCCUCCCCUGCGGCUUUUCCAUCAAAGAAAUCAAGGCUCUCGGCGACUUUCCAGACUACGCUGCUCUCAGCGGUGUACCUCUUCCCGCGGCAUACCCCGAGUUUGACAUAGCCAAAGCGUUGCCCCGGCCCUACCGCCCGUUCCGCUGGCCGUACCACCAAACCAUGUCACUCAGCAAGCUCCAACCCGACUGGUGGCUCGAGCUGGAAAACACAUACAAAACACGCAUCCAGCAGCGCCUGGCCCUGUACGCCACGCACGGCCCAAACGUGCUCAACGCGCUGCCCGGCUCCGAGCUCGCAUGCAAAGAAACCAUGGAAACGGCCCUGCAAUUCCUGUGCCAACGCUACCCGCACUACUUCCGCUUGUCCCCGGACAAGACGACGCUGCACAACGCCAUUCUGGGCGUGCAGACAAACCUGCUAGAUACGCCGCCGCUGCAUGUUUUGCUCAGCAAUGUACCAGAGGACUUUGCGGUUAUGCAGCGUAGUCAUGAGAGCGGGCGCUAUGUCCUGCGUGCAGGUGUCAUUUGCAGUGCGAUUGGGUGGAAUCUGGGCUCCAAACUGGGAUUGCAUUUGUCCGAGAUUCAUGCGCCGAUUCCGGAUUAUAAGGAGAAGAUGGAGUUUUCCAUGGAGAGAUACUUUACCAAACUCGCCACUACAUGUCCCAUCCAACGCGGCUCGUGGGGCCUCGAACUCGACCAACCACUCUACGUACCUCCAGAUUCACACUCUUCGUCGCCAAGCCCAACCCAAACGGCCACACCCCCGGAUCUUACCCGCAUCCACCUGCGCGUAGACUGGCAAACACUGCGUCGGCUCCCCUUAUCCGGGGCCAUCCUAUUCAACUUCAAAGCCAUCUUCACGCCCGUGACUCGUUUCCGCACGGAACCGCGGGUACCAGGGUUGCUGGUGGGGAUUCUGCGGGGCGCAAAGAGGGCGUUGCUGGCGUACAAGGGCAUGGGGCGUGUAGAAGGGGUUGUGGUGGAUGCGCUGGAGAAAUGGCACGAGGAGCAGGUAGCGAGGGGCUGGGUGCAUGGGGAGUGGGAGGCUGAGACGCUGGGGGAGAGCCCGUGGUUUGAGGGGUGGGAGGCCAAGUGGAGGGGGGAGCAGGGGUUUUGA